UCUGGAGGAAAAGAACCUGUGUCUCAGAACCCUGGAAAAACAGAAGAUGGCACUGAACAAUCAUGUGUCUCAGUGUCAAUCUGCUCUUCAGAAGGCCAACCAGCUCUCUUCAAACCGCGCUGGACAACUGCGGGAGCUCAACACGCAGAUCCGGGCCCUGCAGGACGCAGUGCUGCAGAUGGAGGCUUCCCAGGCAACUCGAGAGAAGCAGCUGCUGAAGGAGCUGGAGGAGUCUCGAGCAGGAGAACGCUGCUUGAGGGACUCUGUGCAUGUGCUGGAGGCUGAGGUGUCAGAGCUGCGUGUGAAGCUCCAGAGCAGUGAUGACAAAGCUCUUGCCUUGGCCAUACAGUGUAAGGCUCUGGAGCUGGAGCUGAGGAAGACACAGACUGAGAGAGGCAACCUCAGAGCCUGCAACAUGGAGCUGCAGAAGGAGUUGGAGAAAACUGAGCAAGGGUGGGUGCAGGCAGAAGCCAUGCACAUCUCUCGCCAAAUUCUCCUGGACAAAGAGGCCACGGAAAGGCAGGAAGAGGCUGUGACUCUUCGUCAGGAGGUGGCAUCUCUGAAGAAGAAAUUGGAAAACCUGGAGAAGGAAAGGAAGGAUGUGCUGCAGGCUCUUGGAGCACAAGAGGAGCAGCUGUUUUGUGGCUCAGGGAGCAGCCUGGACCCUAAGGAGCCAGUUACAUCAGCAGAGGAGGAGAAGAGAGAGAGGCCUGAAUUAUCCACUGUGCCCAGGAGAAGUGGCGAGCAGGUGGAACCUGACAGGAGAAUCACAGAUUUUAGGAGACUCUUCCUCCCAGACUACUUCAUGUUCCCUGUGCACAAGUCUACCCAUCAAAAUUGGUCGACUUUUGAAACAGAAGACUCCUCCAGUAGCUCAGGGGAGUAGCAGCCCUCGUGCUGAUGCACAGCCUGUGGAGAAGAGGGUGUCCCUGCUGCAGUCACAGCUGGCCCAAGACCGACAGCACCACCUGGAGAGCUGUGCAGGGAGCAGGCAGGAGACACAAGGUGCAGAAGGGACCUCCUUGCUUCCUGAACAUCUCAGAGAGGAGCCAGCUGGAUGCAGUUUUAGACGUAGUCAAUAAUUUAUGUUUAAAGGUGGUAUAGUAUAGGAUAGUAUAGGUAAUAGUAAUUGAACCUUUAUACAACUGUGUUCUGUAGGAUGAAGGAUGUAUUGAUAGAGAAAUAAAGAGUUGAUUCUGAUCACAAUUAAACUAAAAGAUCUUUUUCAGGCUUAUUUACUGGCCAGUACAGAGACCUGUAACUUCCAGUAUAGUGCACUAUAUCUGAAGCAACAUUGAAGCAAUUCCAGUCAAGUCAGCAAAAACCAAUUCUUAAAGAUUGAUGCUACUCACCCAAACCCAUGACCAUGGGCAAACCUUUCUCUCAGUCUCAAGGCGUGACCUUGAGGAGCAUCCUCACUCCAGGAAGGAACCUGCAGAAGGGACACAUGUGCCAUGCACCACUUUUGUGAGGGCAGGAGAAUCCUGCCAUGUGAGGAGCUUGUUCAUUUGC